ACAAAAGAGAAAAGAAAAAUUUAUUAUAAUGAAGAAGACAAAGAAAAUGAUAUUUUUGCUAGUAACCUUACUGAUAAAGAUAGCAGUUUAUGGAGUCAAGAUACUCUAACCAUUAAAAAGGUUAGUGACCUUCAACAACAUGUUAUGACAUCAUAUUUGAAAGAUGGCACAACUUAUAAUCCACAACAACACUAUGAUCUAGAUUGGAUUCGUUUAGCUUUCAACAAGUUGUGA